UGUCUUAGCAGCAGCACUGGUUGCAAAGUUGAAUAAGUGUUUCGGAAUUAUGUAUUUUGAAUCUUUUUCUCUUGUGCUUAAGAUGAUCAUCUUAAUCUGGAUCUUUAUCGGCUCUUUAUUUACAGGUGUGGCGUGUGAUACUGAACAGAACUGGAUUGCAACUGUUGGAGAAAAUAUAACCAUACCCUUCAAAACUGCUGAACAGGAGAAAGCCAAUAGAGUGACCAUCAUUUUUCUAAAAGAAAAAACUGUGAUUGCCCAGUACUGUCGCUGUGCCCACUGUGAGGACUGUGAUGUUGUCAAAAAACCAGGAGUCUUACUGAAAGUUGAAGAAGGAACUGUGUUGUUGAUUCUUCUAGAUGUCAGCAUCAGAAGCUCAGGAACCUAUGAAGCAAGAAUCUACAUUGGAAACAAUGUGUUUAAGGAGACCGGUAGCCUUCUUGUCAAUGAACCAUUUUCCCCGAGUAGACAGCCACCCCACACCUCUACCUCAAAACCUCACAACUCCUCUGAACACCAAUGGUUAUAUUUAGCAAUAAUAAUAACAACAACAAUGAUUCUAGCUAUUGUCAUCUGUGGGGUUGUUUGUUUCAUCAGAAAACCCAUGAGGGCAAGUAUGGCUUAUAUUUAUGCUUUAAGUGAUGAAUAUGAGUGA